AUGUCCGCUGAUUCUUCAACUGCUUCUAAAUCAACUACCAACAAUAAUUCAACUCAAAGAAAAUUUAUUAAACGUCCUGAUGAUAAGGUUUUAAAACAAGAAUUAGAAUCAUUAAAAAAUGAUAUUAAAAAAUUAGAUUUACAAAAUAAUGAAUUAAAUGAUCAAAUUUCAAAACAUCAAAUUGAUCAAAAAAUAAUGGAUGAAAGAAAUGAAUUAACAAAUCAAUUAAAAGCAUUAAUUUCCAAACAGUCAUCAUCAAAAAAUGAAAGAAAUGCUAUUAAUGAACAAAUUAAAACAAUUGAUAAUUCAAUGAAGAAAAAAAUUGCUGAAAUUCAACAACAAACUUCAAAAAAUAAUUUUAAAUCAGUUGGAGAAAUUGAUCAAAGAAUUUCAAAUUUAGAUCAAUUAAUUGAUGCAGGAAAUUUAAAAUUAGCUGAUGAAAGAAGAUAUGUUAAAGAAAUGAGUUCAUUAAGAAAAUUAAAAAAAGAUUUUGGUUCAAUUGAAAAAAUUCAAUUAUCAAUUGAUUCAGAUAAACAAAAAAUUUCAGAUUUAAAAAAGAAAAUUAGUGGAACUCAAAAUAAAGAAUUAAAUACUCAAUUUGAUACUAUCCAAAAGAAAUUAGAUGAAAUUAAUGAAUCAAAUAAAGUUAUCAUCACCAAAAGAAAUAAAUUAUAUGAUCAAAGAUCAGAAAUUAAAAAACAAAAAGAUUCAAAAUAUGAUGAAAUUAGAAAAUUAAAAUCUGAAUUUGAUGCAAAAUUUGCCAACUUUAAAAAAUUAAUGGCUGAAGAAAAAACUAAAAGAGAUGAAGAAUAUAAGUCAAAAAUUCAAGAAGAAAAACAAGCAAAAUUGAAAGCAAUUGCUGAAAAGGAAUUAUCUGAAGCUUCUGUCCCAGCUUUUACUCAAGAAAUUAAUUCAAUUCACAAUUUAUUAUCUUACUUUGAUCCUUCUUAUGUUAAACCAGCUGCUAAAACUACUUCAUCAACAAAUGGUAAAGUCCCAUCAACUACUAGAGCCGCAAGAACAGUUGAAUUUCCAGAAGAAUACGUAGUUGUUAAAAAGGAACAAGAAGAUUUCUUUAGUGGAUCAAAAAAGAAAGGUGGUAAAUUCAAUAAAAAAUCAUCAUCAACUACAACUCCUCCAACUUCAAAAUCAAAAAAUUUCUCAGUUGCCCCAGAUAUUGUUGUUGCUUUAAGUGAUUUAACUAUCCCAUUCCCAUUAAAAGAAGAUGAUGUUCCACAAACAAUCACCACCUUGAAAGAAACUUUAUCAGCAUUAGAAGAAAAACAAGAAGAACAAACUAAAGUAAAUAUUGAAAGAGCAAAAGCUAAAAUUGCAAAAUUAGAAGCUGAAGGUUUAAAAGAUGAUGAUGAAGAAGAAGAAGAAGUUGAAGAAGAUUCAGAAGUAGUUGAAGAAGCUUAA